CUUCUUCAUUCCCUCUACCAACGUUUAGCGCAGUGCCUCACCAUAAGAAUCUAAUCAAUUCUUCUGGAAGACUGUCCCCAAGAUGUCGAAAAUCACAGUCGCCGGAGUGCGCCAAAACGUGCAACAACUUCUUGACUACUCUUUGAACGAGAAAAAGCGAAACUUCCUCGAGACCGUCGAACUUCAAAUCGGCUUGAAGAACUAUGACCCUCAGCGUGACAAGCGUUUCUCCGGCACCAUCAAGUUGCCAACUGUGCCUCGUCCGGGCAUGAGCAUCUGCGUUCUCGGUGACCAACAUGACAUUGACCGUGCCAAGCACCACGGCGUCGACGCCAUGUCCUCCGACGACUUGAAGAAGCUCAACAAGAACAAGAAGCUGAUCAAGAAACUCGCCCGCAAGUACGAUGCCUUCGUCGCCUCCGACAGCUUGAUCAAGCAAAUCCCUCGUCUCUUGGGUCCUGGUCUUUCCAAGGCCGGCAAGUUCCCUACCCCGAUCUCCCACGCCGAGGACCUCAACGCCAAGAUCACUGAGGUCAAAUCGACCAUCAAGUUCCAGCUGAAGAAGGUCUUGUGCAUGGGUGUCGCUGUUGGCAACGUUGGCAUGACCGAGGACGAGCUCAUCUCCAACAUCAUGUUGGCCAUCAACUACUUGGUUUCCCUCUUGAAGAAGGGAUGGCAAAAUGUCGGCAGCUUGACCAUCAAGGCUAGCAUGAGCCCUCCCAAGAGAUUGUAUUAGGUUGCAUAUCUCACCGAACGCCUCACCUGGGGUUUCAAGAUCAAAGUCAAUUCACGAUCUUCCAACUAUCACCUCUGGAUGCAUUGAGUAGCACAUACCAAGACAAAACAGGAGUAGAUAGUCGCUGGUAUCAUCCAGCUAACGAAGAGAAGUCAUGAAAUCAUA